AUGGAUGAUCUCAUGGGCGUAGAUUGGAACGCUCCGCCCGCCGCCAACCCCCCGCAGCAGUCCAAGCCCGCCGCCUCCUACUCCUCGAUGCGCGCCAGCCCAAUACCUUCGCUAUCUGGCCGCAACACCCCAAUGUCCGCCCAGUCCUCCGGCGUCCCUGCCAACCCCGCCUUUCGCGGCGUCAAGGCCUCCAAGCCUGCGACACCCGACAGCUUCUCGUCGCUCCUGGGCUCCAACAAGCCCCAGACCCCGAACAACAUGUCGCUGCAGGAGCGUCAGAGGCAGCUGAUGGAGGAGAAGCAGAGGAAGCAGAAGCAGCUGGACAGUCAGUUUGGGGGCGACACCGCGUUUUGGAAUGCCCUGGAGAGUGGCAGGAGCACGCCGUCGGUCGCUCCUGCCGCUGCGCCGCUGCCCAAGUCGAACAACCCCUUCGCCUCGUUUAAUCAACCCACGCCGCCGCCGAUGCAACAGCAGCCGCCGAGGAAGGAAUCCGAAGCCGAGGAGGACAUCCUAGCCGCAUUCAAGGCGGAAGCUCCCGUAGACGCGUCGAGCCACUUCCCUGUGCCACAAUCCGCCAUCGCCAGCCGAAUUACGUCGCCGACGCAACCCACAUAUGGCGGGGCAGGGUUUGCGCAGGCCAAUUCCGGUGCAAUGGCAUUUGGAGACGACGACGACCCCUUCGGCUUGGGGUCCAUGCCUCCUCCCAAGGCCACGGCACAAGCGCCGCCCCCUGCGCAAUCCAAUGGACAGGACGAUGAUGAUAUCUUGGGUGAUCUCGGGAAACCAAUCGACGAGUUGCCCCCGCGGAAACCUGACACGGCGACUCCAGAACCGGAAAUUGCGAGCUCGCGAGGAAGUUCGCCCGCUCCGAGAAAUGAUCCGCGAGACGCGGCCGUUGCAGAACUGGUCGACAUGGGCUUUCCCGCGGAUAAAUCUGCCGAGGCUCUCACGCGCACCGAGAGCGGCACCGACAUCCAGGCCGCCGUUGGUUGGCUGUUGAACCAGGCCCACGAAGAGGCGAGACAGAAAUCGCGACAGCGGCACGACGAACAAGGACGCGCAAGCCCUUUUGCUGAGGAGCGCGAGCGGCACAGAAGCGAGGCGAGGCGGAGCACCCGAAAUGAAUAUCCCGACGAUGCCGUUCCUGCUUGGAUGCGGAACGACCGCAGCCGUUCUGGCUCUCAGCGGAGGCAAGACAGCCGUACGCCCACCGAAGAAAAGGACGUCGCGCAGUAUGCCCAGGAAUUCGGUAGCAAUCUCUUCAAGUCGGCCAAUAGUUUGUGGAAAAAGGGACAGAAGCAGAUACAGAAAGCAGUCGCGGAGCUGCAGGACGAGGGCGGCGACCCCAGCCAACCGAGAUGGAUGAGAGAAGCACAGUUGCAGGAGGCCGCCGAGCGCUCCGCGUCACGGGCCCGCCAGAACGGUGAUCGUUCGAGAGACGAUUUCCCGGAAGCUACAAACGAGGCUAUGAUGCUAGAAUCUGACAUGGCAAGACCCCAAAGACCCACACGACCAGCCCGCGCUCCUCAGCCCGAUUUCGAACCAUCAGACCCGAGAUCAAGGGGCCAAUCCCCCGUUCCUGUGCACGCUCCUCCCCACCGUGCCACCCCGCCUCCCAGAUUUCAGGAAUCGCGGCAGCCACCGCGCCCCCUGGGAAAACUUACGAGGGAGGACGUCGAAGAGCAAAGCGCGCAAGCAUACGUCAGCCCAGCGCGCAGAAAGAAGGCUACGCCGAAGACCCAGACGCCCGAGCCCGAGGUCGAUCUCUUCUCCUCGCCUCCCCCGAAAUCAUCCAGCCCCGCGUCUGUCAGGUCGCCCCCGUUACAGUCCAACAACCCUUUUGCUCCGAGGCCAGCAUCUGUUUCGAAGCCUGCCACCCCGAAGCCAUCUACCCCCAAACCAGCCAGCACGCCGAUACCCACUCGUCCAAAGGCACCUCCGCGACAAAUCCCCCCAGCGUCGGGGUCCGCUCUUUCCACUUCUGCUUCACAACGCGCGCAAGGCACGGAUGCCUUCAAACGAGGCGAUUAUGCGGCUGCUCACACUGCCUACACAAGCGCCUUGUCGCCUCUUCCCCCGAACCACCCCAUCGCGAUUAUCGUUCUCUGCAACCGUGCAUUGACCAACAUCAAGGUUGGCGACCCAAAGGCUGCCGUCGCCGAUGCGGACACUGCUCUGGGCGUCAUUGGCGUCUCACGCGGCGAAGGCGAGACCAUCUCCCUCGGCACCGAAGGGGAAAAGGACAUGAAGGAGUUUUUUGGCAAGGCGUUGAUGCGCAAGGCCGAGGCGCUCGAGAACAUGGAGAAGUGGAAUGAUGCGGCCAAAGUUUGGCGAGAGGCUGUUGAGGCCGGCGUCGGUGGCGCGGUCAGCAUCCAGGGACGCAAUCGGUGCGAGAAGGCUGCUGGUGGAGGGGCCCAGCAAGCUGCGAAGCCCGCAACGCCCCGUCCAGCAGCCGCCAGGAAGCCAGCAGCUCGACCUUCACCAGCCAGGCCGGCCGUGUCCCAAGCUGCAUCCGCGGAAGCAGUCAAGAAACUGCGCGAGGCCAACGCCGCGGCAGAAAAGGCUGAUGACGAAAAGUUUGCGCUUACGGACGCCGUUGACGCGAAAUUGAUUGCGUGGAAGGGCAGCAAGGCGGACAACCUACGCGCGCUGCUGGGCUCCCUGGACACGGUGCUGUGGCCCGAAGCUGGAUGGAAGAAGGUCGGCAUGGCAGAUCUGGUCAUGCCCAACAAGGUCAAGAUAAUCUACAUGAAGGCCAUUGCCAAGGUGCACCCGGACAAGAUUUCACAGGAUGCGACGACGGAGCAGCGCAUGGUCAGCGCGGCAGUGUUUGCGACGCUCAACGAGGCAUGGGACAAGUUUAAGAAGGAUAACGGGUUGUAA